AUGACUGUGGGAAAACCGCCUUCUAUUAACAAGCGUCCAAUGCUGACGGCUUCGCCUCCCGCGUUGCGACGCGCCACCUUCUUUGUGGCGGCCAUGAUGGCCUCUCUCCUCUUGCUCAGUGUGGCCGGCUCGGAGGAAGUCGUCGUCGGGGUGCUGGACGGCACCCGCAAACUGAAUGCGGGGGACAUCAAGGCAGGGUUCAGGGCGGGCGAGAAAAAUUUCAUCACACGCUGUGGCGACUUCGACACACACGGUGACAGGUUCAUCGUGGUACUAGAGAUGGGGAACUUCAGCGACUAUCUUGUUCCCAAGGCGGGCGUUACGCUCUGUGGCCUCCUCACCAACCCGACAGGGGCGCAAAGGUAUCUCUACGCCCCGCAGGACCCCCGCAAGGCCACGUGGGACGGCCACACCCUCCCCAUUGCGCCCUCCCUCUACGCGACGGCGCUGGGCGGGUCCGCGGAAGGCUACGUGAGUGGCGGCCGGAGCACUCUGUCGUUUUGGGGCGACAGCGGGAGUGACACCAACCACACCGGAGGCUGCUGCGCGCUGAUGCCCAAUCAGGAAGCCGCGUGGUACCGGCCGUACCGUCUGCUGUUGGUCCCAACGGCGCCUGCGGCAUAUCUCGCUUGGGGCACGAAACCAACAGUCUCUGUCACCAACGGUCCAGUGGUAUUCGAGGUAAACGUGUGGAACGCGCGUAGUGAACCAGUUAGAGAAAAGGUCACGUUUGACAUCACGACAAACGGCAAGAAGGUCACUGUGACAAGCCCGACGGGGCGCUACACGCAUUUUGGUGACCCCCCGGAGAAAGGCACCGCCAAGUAUGCCAUUACGGUGGAUCUCGUGUCUGGCCCUGCUACGGUGAACACGAAGCAACUGAAAACGGAGGUGGAUGUUUUGGGGAAACUCCCGUGGGAUGUGAAACCGUCUGCUGGCGAGAAGAUCCCGGCGCUCGUGCGCUUCGGCAAAAAGGGCACUGCGAUUGGCCCCGCGGAUGGGGCUACGGCACUCGGCGAAGACUGGUUUGCAUCCACGAUUGUGGGGGGCGAGUCUCAGCUCCGUCCGGUCGCUGGGCACUUCAACACGGCGACACCCCACAAACUGCCCCCAGUGAGGGACAGGUGGGAGAACGUGACCCAGGCGGACGGCGUGUUUGAGGCCCGGGUGCCAUGCAAAAGUGUGCAGUACUAUGCUGUCUCCGUGUACAGUGCGGUGGAUCAGCGCAUCGUGGUGCAAUAUGAGUAUGACACCGCCGCUGUGGUGUAUUUCGCCGGUGAGCGCUUUGUUCCACAGGAGUUGGAUGGCGCACGCAGGGGCUCGUUUGCCCUCGAUGUGAUGCAAGGCUAUCACCAGGUCCUUGCCAAGCUGUUUUCUGACGGUUCGACGGCGGUAAAGGGCUCUGAGAGUUGUACCACCCUCUCGAGCUUUUCAAUGCGUGUGGUGGGCAGCGCGGUCGGCUACACCCAUGCCGUAAGGCCGGACAUUCCGGAAGGUGCCUAUGAACUGUGGAACAACGACUACGUGUUUUACCUUCUCCAUUUGGGGGUGGAGAGGGAGGAGUACUUGUACGGCGGUCUCAAUGAGGAUUUUAUCAACGUGAGUGCGGCCAGCCCGAGGCCGGGGGACUACAUGAGCGGCAAACUGUGGAAACCGUUGGUAUUCUAUGGCGGCCGAAUCCCCGUUUCCGCAGAGAGACUGCCGGCCGACAAGGAGGCGGCGGUGUCUUACGUGGCCAUCGCGAUUUACAGCGGCUAUGAGGAAAAGGUUCCUCUUGGCUGGACCUUCAUUUCUGGCGGCAAAACCGACGUGUUUAUCGACGGCGAGCUGGUCCACAGCCGCCCAAGCGACACUGGCCCCCGCACUGAGAAUUUCACCACGCCGAUUUCGCGUGGGUGGCACCAGCUGAUUGUGCGCAUUGCUGCCACGAAGGGGCAGUCGUGGGGGUUAACGUUUUACAUUCACUUUGACAACUAUCGUCUUGGCGCUUCACAUAAGCCCGGCACCAAUCUCCCAUUUGGCGUGGCUUCCAUUCGGCCCAACACACCACUUUUUUCACUCAUGGCGUUGGUCGAUAGGGAGCUUCAGGAUGGAGCCAUUCCCUUUAAUCCAUCCAACGCAACGGCGGUGGGUACGGGGUUCGCUGACCUCCCUGUUGGUGCGAGCUACCUGCCUGGUUUGCUCUCGCCGCAGCGCAUCUGGACCUUGGGGCAGGAGCGCCAGUACCAAUGGGUGGGAAAAGUGAGCGCCGAUGGCAACUGGGGGAGCCGCUCCUUUGGUGGAAACUUCAAUCAGUAUUGGUCGCUCGUCUUGUACGCCACUGAGCGGAUGCAGGCGACGACGCGUGUCGUUUUUCAUGGGGGCUACGCGAUUUGGCUGGGUGGCACUUUGGUUGGUUCGUCACCCCUCGCUUGGAGGAAGGAGGUGCGGCAAACUUUGUCGCUGGAGAAGGGGUGGAAUCAGCUUGUAAUUAAGCUGCAGGCGAACAACUCAUUUCAUUUUGUUGACACACACACUGGCACGACGACUUGGACCAAGGCAAACGCGGUGUGCGCUGGGACGAGGAAUAUGGAGUUGUGUCCCGGGUCGGCUGUGUGCCCGCUUGGUGUGGGGCGCCCGGGGGCGGUGCCCGUGGCCGGGGGCUCCUCCUUUGUCCCCGUGAACACGGCGGAGAAUGAGUGGGUUCAGGUGUCUGCGAAGGGCGGCAAUGGCACAUCGUUGUGCGAGACGUGGCGAAAGGCCCACGAUGGCCAGAGCCCAAAAUGGGGCGAGGCCAGCGACAACUUGCCAGAGCGUCAUCUUGUGCCGUGCUGUGGCGAUAACCCGCCACCGUCCAUGUGGCUCAGCAUCACUCCCUCCCCCCACGCAAAGGGUGAAUUGGGGUAUACAUAUGACGUCCCCAUCGUCGUUGAGGCGCCCGUUCUGGCAGUCGACGACCCCGCGGCCCGCACUCAAACGGUGCGUAUGGUCUCUGCGACGCCUGGAGCCACCAUCAAGUACGCCGUUAACAAUGCAAGAGAGAUGGUGGUGUACGCCGGCCCCUUAACCAUCACGGAGUCCUCGACAAUUGUCGCCCAGGCGUUUGCGCAAAACCGUGAGAGCCGGAGGACACAGUUCUUUGUUGAGAUCAACAAGGAGCCAUCUGUCGAUCGUCUCGCGUGCGUGGCGAAUGAAAAGUGUCCUUUAUUUGUCUCGGGCGUGGAUCCAGAGUGGCGCAUUGCGGUGUUAACCACGAAGACCCCCGGUAAAGUCAUGAAGAAUUACUUGAAUGUGACUUAUGCUCUUCAGCAACAGCCGUCGCCGGGCUUCUCUGGGGUUCUUGAUGUGAAACAGCACCGCGUCGUUGUUCCACCCCUCGCUGGCGGAACUUUCUAUGUCAUUCCCUACAACGGUGCUGCGAAGGCCAGGAUGAUGCUGAACCUUGUGACCUACAGCGAACCGAAGCUGACCCCACGUGAGGUGCUGGGCACACAGGAAACGGCGUUCCAGAUUGAGGGCGGUGUAACGGAAGGUGACGCGGUGCUGCUUCCGUUCAGGAAAAGCGGGCCACCAGCCACGUGCGAUGCCGCUGCGUGUGCGGCGGCGUUCAACGGCAACCUUGACAGUGUUGCCGUGUUGCGGUCUGGCGGCAGUGUGCACUUCACACAGGAUCUCUACGGCUGUGUGGGGGAACUCAGCUGUCUCUGCUUGUGCCUCUCUUGCUCCAAGGAGGUGUCCAGGCGGGAGCCGCUGUCGAUUGGGUCACCCAAGGUGGUGAGUAAGACCGUCAACGUGAGUGUGAUGAGCCCUGUCUCACCGACCGAGGAAAGCGUGGGGGCUGUACGACCUUCCCGCGUCCACGACGGCGACGUCCUCGAGAUGUUCGGGGCAUUUAUCACUAGCUCGCGCUACAGCGUCCGCUUUGUCCCUGCCGUUCCGGGGAGCGGCAUCCGGGUCGCUCCGCUGUGCGCCGUCGACAAAGUGACGACCAGCACAUUAUCAUGCAAAAUGCAGGUGCGGGCCGGGACAAUCGGCAGGUGGAACGUUUCUCUCAUGAAGGGAACGACACAAGUGCCAUUUGUGGAAGGAGCUCGCAGCGAGAUUCUGGCUCUUCCAUUGGAGCCCUCGGUCAAGUCCGCGACGGGGAGCUGUGCUGCCGCAAGCGUGAAGUGUGUCACAGGUGCGCAGUUGAUCUUCCACGGGACGAACUUCAACCCUCUUCAGCCCUCGUACAACGAUGUGGUGGUGGGUGACGAUGUGGCCGCCAACCCUAUUCUGUGCAGGCUGACCGCCGCCACGGAGACGGAGCUUACCUGCGUCCUCAGCAUCCCGCGGGACAAGGAGCACGGCACGUACCCGAUCAGGGUCCGUAUCCGUGCGUCGGGGACGGAGUGGGGCGCAGCGCAAGGCGCCGGAUUUCUUGUGCUGGGGGCUGGGGAGCAUGUCCCUGGGUGGAAGCCCAACGAUGUGCCGCAGCCCGUGCCUGUGAAUGAUGAAAAAAAGAGCAACACCGCCCUCGUCGUCGGGCUUGUCCUUGGCUCCAUCAUCCUUGUGCUGAUCUUGGUCGCUGUUGCCAUGUUUCUUCGGUCCUACUCGCCGUCAGAAAAGGACAAUGACGAAAUGGUCCCAUUGGAGCUGCAGCUCCUCCGAACGGGACGUGAAAGCGCAGAGUCGUCGAGGCAGACGAAGCUGCUCACGGAGUUGUGA